UAUUUUUUUAACUCUGAACAGGUGCAACUCGUAUAGUCCACAGAAUGUCAGUCCCUGGCCUAACAUCUGAAGCCCAACUUAGGUAUAUGCUGCAGUGGUUUGGGGAGUUCAGUGAACUUCAGCGUGAAGAUUUUUUGCCAGUAUUGGCUGCGGCACGAGGAGAUAAACCAGAUCAACUGGCAGCAACUCUGGCCAACCUCUCUUGUCAAGACAAGCCUGUCAGUUUGUUUCAAUGCAGGAUUAAACUGUUUAAUGAAUGGUACCCAACUUGGGCUGAGGAAGAACAAGAUAGACUGAUUAAAGGUGUAUCAGAUAUGGAUGGAGAAUUUGGUGUAAAACUUCAAGAUCUGAUCAUUAAUGGGCCCCAACUGAAUGGGGAUACUAAUGGUGUAGAUGAAGCUCAUCUUCCAGAAGAUGAGAAAGUGAAGAAUGAACCAUAUACAAAUGGUGAUCAUGAAGAAAGUGUAGAGGCAAAUGGUGAAGAACAAGGUGUCCCCCAAGAUAAUAUUCCUGUUGAGAUCGCAGCUGCUUCUUAAGUGUAGGUAAAGGUAUAUUGACAAGUUUUUGGAAUCUCUUGUUUUUUAGUGUCAUAACUAAUCUAUAUUUAUUACGAAGUAUGCAAUUAUAUAAUUCAUUAUUGCAUAUGAAUUUAGUUUGUAUUUGAGAUUUAAAGGUUAUAAGUAUUAGGUAAUUGUGAUAUUUUCAAAAGUAAGUAUGUAAAUUUAAUACCAUACUUGCCAGAAUAUUCAAAGUAUAUAUUACUGAGAAAGCUAUUUAAAUGUAUUAGGUAAAAAGAAUAUGAGCCAUUUGGACUAAAAAUAAAUAGGUAAAAAAGUGUCAAAGACAUUCAUACAUAUACAUUUAAUAUUUAAUAUUCACAGCUUUGUAAAUAUUGCUAAAAUAUACAUAUUGUAUUCAUUGCUGAAACAUUCCUUAAUACAUUCCAGAAAUUUAUUAUCUUUAGUAUCCUAAUUAUGUUCUUACUCACUUGCAAUAUUAUUUUAUUACUAUUAAUUUUGGCAAGGUUGUCUUUUGUACUUUUAGCUCUUUUUUUGAUAAUGCUGCUAUUAUAUUUUAAGUAAACUUUUUGUCAUAUUAAUUUAAGUAAGUUCUAUACUUAAAAUAGUAUUUAAGUUUAAUAUUACAUUAUUUAUUAUUAUUUCACUUAUAUCCCACAGUACCUUGUUUGAAUCAUCAAUCAGAGUCUAUAAAAACAGUAUUAUUUGUCAAAGUACAUUGUUAAUAAUUUACGUUUUAAUAUGUCAGUACAAAUCUGAGUAUUACGUGCCAAGAUACAUUAUAUUUUUAUAGGGUUUUAGAAUCAUCAUAAUAUAUUAUUUAUAUUGAUAUUAUAUUAGGCAGUAUGGAUUCACUAUAUGCAUUCCAUAAUAACAGUUAUACAAUAUUAAUCUUCUGUACUAUAAAAAUUACUACGAAAAACGUAAGUAUCAAAAUAUGUUUCUAACUUUGAAUUUAUGAUGAUAUCUAUAAAUCAGUUGUCAGUCAUGUUGUGACUGGAUGUUAUGACUGAUAGUACGACGUGCAGAGGUCCGUACUAUCAGGAAUAAAUUUGAGCAGAUGCCAUUUUAUCUGUACCUUAAAUAAAUCCUAAGAACUUUAUAAUAAUAUAUUUACAUAUUUUUAUUAUUUUAUUAAAAGUAAAUUUUCAA